AUGAAAAAAAAAAAUAACGUAUCCACAAAUCAUGGCAAGCUGAAAAAUGCUGUGAAUCGUUAUGAUAUGAACUGUUCAUAUAAUUAUAAUGAAUAUAAGACGAAUAAUAAGAAUGUGAAAAAUAAUAUAACAGGAACAGAUAUGAAUAACUAUAAGAAUUAUGAUAGUGGAGGUGGAUAUAAUAAUAAUAAUAAUAAUACAACAAAUAGUCGCGGAAGUUUGAAUACUAAUUCUGGUUAUAGCCAUGGAAAUAUAAUAAGUAAUAAUAGUAAUUAUCAUUAUUCUUAUAAUUUAAAACAUAAUAAAAAUUCAUAUAUAUAUGAUUAUAAUUCAUAUGGAUCAAGGAAAAUGUACGAAUAUAAGGAUAAGCAUAAAGGGCAAACAAAUGGAAACAACAUAAAAAAUAAUAAUAAUAAUGAUGGAAAUAAUAAUGGUGGAAAUAAAGAGAUUGGAAAUAAAGAGAUUGGAAAUAAUGAUGGUGGUGGAAAUAAUAAUGGUGGUGGAAAUAAUAAUGGUGGUGGAAAUAUUGCACAAAAAGAAGAAACAAAUUCAAAUAAAGAAGAUAAUAAAAAUGGGCCAACAGCCAUUAUAUCUGAUAAUAUUAACAAUUUAGAAAAUACAAAAAAAGAAGAAAAUAUAAGUGAAGAAAUGAGCUUGCUUCGAGAAAAAAUAUGUUUUAAAAUGCUUAAAAGCAUAGAUAUAUAUAUAACUGAAAUUAUUAUGAAAUCAUGUUUUGUAACAGUAUAUAAAAUGAACGAAAAUGAAUUAAAAUGGAAAAGAGCAGAUAUAGAAGGUUUUCUUUAUAUUGUUAAAAGAUCAAUAAAACCUUUUUAUAGAUUAAUUAUAACAAAUAAAAAAAAUGAAAAUCAUUUAUUAGAAGAUAUUAAUGAUAAUAUGAAUUUAUCAACAGAUCAAAAUUAUAUUUUUUAUAAAAUUCUAAAUAAAGAAAAUAAAUCAAAAAGUAUAUAUAGUUUAUGGUUUUAUAGUACAGAAGAAAAGGAAAAAAUAUAUUCAGUUUUAAAAAACAUAGUUGGAAAUAUAUCUAAAGAAGAAAAAGAGAAAAAAAAUAAACAAUCAUAUAUAAAUUCGGAACAAUAUAUUUCUAUUACUAAUAAGGAUAAUGUUAUGAGUGGCGUUUCUAGGAAUAGCAUUGCUAAUUAUAAUAAAAGUGUUAAUUUUAUUUUAUCAAAAGGAGAUGAUAAUAACACUGUUAAUAAUUUGGAAAAUUGUUCAGAAGAAAAUGAAGCACGUACUAAUGAUAAUGAUAUGUUGCUUGCAUCUAAUUCUGAAUUACCAUCUAUAUGUAAUUUAAAAAAUAUAAAUAAUUGGUAUGAGGAAAAUAGUAUAAAUAAAGAAACGUUGAAAAGUAUAGAACACCAAUAUAAUUCAAUUGAUGGUGUAAAUUUGUUAGAUGAUCAAAUAACAAACAUAAAUAUGAGCAAUAAUGAAAUGGAUGAUAAUAAUAGUAAAAUUUAUGGAGGUAUUAAAAAAGAAUUUAUACUUAAAAAUAAUGAAAUAAAUAAAAAAAAAAAAAAAAGUGUAGAAUCAUAUACACAUGAUAAUAGUAUAAAUGGUAAUGAACAUUUUAUAGAUAUAAUAACAAAACCAUUAAAAAAUAAAAAUAGGGAUUAUGAGCAUCCUCUUGAUGUUAUUAAUAAUGAAAAUAGUGAUAGUGUUGUAGAUAUUGAUAAAAAUAAAAUUUGUGAAAAUUAUAAUAAUAUAAAAAUGUCAUCAUAUCAAAAUAUGCAAGAAUAUAAUAAUGAUAAGGCUGGUCGUAAAUUAUUAUAUAUUAUUAAAGGUCUUUCAAGAGAUGAAACAAAAGAAGGGUUAGAAAAAAAAUAUUCUCAAGAUAUUUAUUAUGAUAAAAAAAAUAUAGGAAAUAAUAAUGGUGUAUAUAAAAUGAAAAAUAAUUUAUUGGAUGAAAAAAAUAAUUUUUUUUCGAAAGAAAUUAGUGGAAAAACAGGUGGAGAAGCUAUUAUGAAUUUAUUAGGGUUAAAUAAAAAUAAUGAUCAAAAAGAAGAAAGAGAUGAUGUGUCAAUAUUAGAUAUAGAUAGAAAUAUCAGAGUAAUGAAUAAUGAACAUGUAAAAAUUGGAGAUAAUAAUAAUGAUGAUGAUGAUGAAAAUGAUGAAAUAAAAAAUGUAAGAGAUAAAAUACAAAUUAAUAAAAAUGGAAAAAAUUGUAAUAAUCCAAGUAUGUGUAAUUUUAAUGAAAAUGAAAUAUCUGAAAGGGAAGUUUUAAUAAAUAAUAUGAUGAAAAAUGGAAAUUUAAAUAAUUCUUAUAAUAAUAUGAAAAAAAUAAAUUUACCAAAAAGAGAAUCACUAGAAACAUUUGAACAAGAUAAAGAGUGCAUGUCAAAUAAUGGUAAUAAUGGGAAUAGCAAUAUAUAUGCUUAUUAUAAAAAUAUGUAUAUUGGCAAUGAAGGUAACAUAAAAAAAAAUGUGAGGAAGCAUAGUAAUGAUAAGUUAGAUGAUAAUGAAUUAAUUGAAAAUAGGAAUUAUAAUAAAGAUAUAAAUAUAUUGUGUAAUAAUGGUCAAGAUGAAAAAGCUAUGACAAAUGCUUUGUUAGAUAUUAUGAAAUUAGCAUCAAAUAAAGCUAUGAAUGAUCAACAAAAAUUAAAUAUAAAAAAUUCUGAACAACAUAUUGUAAAUAACACAAAUAAACAACAUAUACAUAACAAUUAUAUAAAUUCUUAUGAUGUUUUGCUAAAAAUGCAAAACUCAAUGGAAAAUGAAGAUAAUAUGACAAAUUCAAUGGUAAAUAUAAUAUCAAAUAGUAGUAGUAAUAAUAAUAAUAAUUCAUAUGUGUAUAAUACCAAUUUAAUGAGCAAGCAUGAAAAUAAACAAAAUAAUAAUAAACGUGAACAUUAUGGUGAUCAUAAUAAUAUAGAUGAUUUUGAAAAUAAGAACCUAAUUUUAAAUAAAAAUACCAUAUAUAACGUAAUUAAAGAAACAUUACAAUCUGAAGAAUUUAUAAAUCUUAUAUGGGAAAAAUUAUUGGCAAGAAAUAAAUUUACAUAA